GAGAUAAGGUUAUCUUUCGAACCAAGAUCCAGCCACACGCGACGAUCGCAUUACCGGCGGGGAAGAUGAACUCAUCCCAUUGCGUCACAGCGGGCCGAUUUCCUGUUUGGGGCUAUCCGCCACAACCUGACUACCGACCAACAUUCCACAUUCUUAAGAAAAAAACCUCUUCAAUUCCACAAUGUUCGCCUGGUACCAAAGAAGUCUCAUCCAACGACCCUACCUAACGCAGGGUCUCACCACAGCCGUCCUCUUCGCCCUAGGCGACGGCCUCGCGCAAACCGCCAUCGAGAAACGUCCCCUCGCCGAGUAUGAUGUAAUGCGCAGCAGCCGGAUGGCGCUAUACGGCGGCGCUGUGUUCGGCCCCGUGGCCACAAAAUGGUAUCAACUCCUGCAAGCCCGCGUAGCCUUCCGCUCGGCAGGCCCGACGCUGGUCGCCCGCGUCGGCGCGGAUCAGCUCCUCUUCGCGCCGACGAUGAUCGGCGUGUUCCUGAGCAGCAUGUCGCUCCUCGAGGGGAAAAGCCCGGCCGAGAAGCUGCAGCGAAGCUACUGGGACGCGCUUUGCGCGAACUGGACCGUGUGGCCCGCGGUGCAGGCGGUGAAUCUGUUCCUGGUGCCCCUGCCGUUUCGGGUGUUGGUGGUCAAUGUGGUUAAUGUUGGAUGGAAUUGUUUCAUGAGUUUGAUCAAUAAUGCCCCGCGCGGGGAGGAGCAGCCUAUUGGGGCUUGAUUGGUUUGUAGAGGGCUGGGGUUGAGAUGGUUUGGGGGGGGGUUUGAUGGAGGAGCUCUUUAUGUAUGAUUGAUGUGUUGCUGGGUUGUAUAGAUGGUAUAGAUUUGAGGGCUUGGUUCUGAUACUGGUUUGGUUCAUUAGAGCGACAAUGAAUUGUACUUUGAAUUUCCAGCAAUGGGGUAUGUUGACUAUGCGCAAUGCCAUCCGGACAAGGGCAUUGUCACUAUUUCGAGAAAUUCUUCCAUGACGUACCCCGUGUAGAUCGGAUUCGGUCAUCGUGGGGUCGGCGGCAGCCUACCUGUUGGAGCUUAGCCGAUCGGUGUCGGAAUAUUCCUAUUUAGGCUGAAUCGCCUACCGCUCGAUUAGGAAUUUUGUUUUCGAUCCCGAUCCCAUCGAGAUCUAUAACGACCGAAA